AUGAGCGGAUCUGAGCUCGUGCUGGUUACAGGCUUCGGACCUUUCCAGUUCUUGGUAAACCCCAGCUGGACUGCCGCACAGGGCUUGAAGCUGGUCGGACUGGGAGAGGGGAUCGAUGUUCUCAUCAGGGAGGUGCCAGUCAGUUACAUCAAGACUCAGCAAAUCAUUGCGGAGAUUUGGCAAACACUUCACCCAAAGUUUGCUGUACAUCUGGGCGUAGCCAGAGGUUCCAGUGUCAUUAUUUUGGAGCAAACAGGGAAAAACAGCGGAUACAGAGACAAGGACGUGUGCGGCUUCUGUCCUCAAAGUCACUGCUGUGUAGACGGAGGACCAGAGACACUGGACUCAGCCAUUAAUAUGAGGGCCGUCGCCAAAGAGCUCAGACGAGCAGGGUUGGAUGUGAUUUAUUCACGAGAUGCUGGCAGGUACCUGUGUGAUUUUGCGUAUUACUGCUCUCUGUAUCACGGUCAGAGGAGAGCAGCCCUUAUCCAUGUGCCUUCAUGUGGCAGCCUGAGCUCAGCUGACAGACUGCUUCCUCUGCUGCAGACCAUCAUAUGCACCCUGCUGAAAAAGCUGGAGAAAUCAUGUGACGAGAUGAUGAUGACUGGCCUUUCUGCAGCCAGUGGUCACAGCGAAGCAGAUCUUUCACACCGCAGAAAACAGACAUCAUAUCAGUGA